AUGGCGACAGCGGGGACGCAGAUCAUCGAGUCGGGCCAUGCCGACGCGAUUCACGACGUGCAGAUGGACUACUAUGGCAAGCGACUGGCGACGGCGUCGUCCGAUCGCUCGAUUCGCAUCUUCUCCGUCGCAGGCGACCACCACUCGCAUCUCGCGGAUCUGAUUGGACACGAGGGUCCGGUUUGGCAAGUGGCCUGGGCACACCCUAAAUUCGGGUCCAUCCUCGCAUCGUGCUCGUACGACCGCAAAGUGAUCAUCUGGAAAGAAACGAGCGAGAACCAGUGGAUCAAGGCGCAGGUGUUUUCAGACCACGAGGGGUCGGUGAACAGCAUUAGCUGGGCGCCUCACGAGUAUGGGCUGGUGCUCGCAUGCGCCUCCUCUGAUGGCUCCAUCUCCAUCCUAACCCACCGCGCCGACGGCGGCUGGGAUGUUUCUCGUAUCCCCCAAGCCCAUCCUGUGGGGGUUACCUCUGUUUCCUGGGCUCCUGCCACGGUUCCAGGAAGCUUCCUGGGGUCGGGUCCGAAUCCGGUGCUGCGGUUUGUGUCGGGCGGGUGUGAUAACAUGGUGAAGAUUUGGCGGUAUUCGAGCGAGGGAGGGGGAGGGUGGAGGUUGGAUGGCGCACCGCCCGGUUUGGCGAAGCACACGGAUUGGGUUCGGGAUGUGGCUUGGGCGCCGAACCUGGGCCUGCCGAAGAGUACCAUCGCUAGUGCUUCACAGGAUGGUACUGUACUGAUAUGGACCCAGACGAGCGAGUCGGACCCAUGGAAACCCCUGCUGCUGCAGGACUUCAAGAUGUUUGAUAAUGGGGAUUCCGUGUGGUCGUUUAUUACGAUCAUAGUGUGUAUAGCGUUCACUAUACUCGCGUUCCUCUGGAUGCACUUCUGCUACUUCCCGGGCGGCUACAAACGGAUCGAGGUCAUGGACAUGGGCGAGUACGCAAUGAUAGUUGCCGCCCAACGGCUAAACAAGCUCGAGGAUAAAUCCAAAGAAGGCUAUCCAGAAGACGGGGACGAGCUAUACUACGAGCGGAAUCCCGAGGAUGACGGCGCGAAUCACGGCGAGGAAGGCGGAGACUGGCAGAGCCAGGCGGACCAUGACGUGGAGCAGCCUGGCGAAUAUUACGAGGAGGAGGAGACGCCACGAUACGACCCAUCGGUAACCACCCCAUCAUCGCAACCAUCAGCCGGGGAUCGCGACACCGCCAGCUACAGGGACGACCGGAGCGAUUCCACAUACACCGCCUCGACACCGCACUCCGCCGGCUAUUACUACUGA